AGCUGACCAUUAACUGUCACCACCUCCUGACCAUCUGUCUAGUUGCUGUUUUGAAGUUCGUCCUCAGUGCAGGUCAACAGCUGCAGUAAAAUGGCUGCCUUUCUUCACCACUGCCCCUUCCUGAAGUCCAUCCCCAAGCCAGCUUUGAGGAGGACCGGAGCCGCCUUGCUGUCUAUGGCUGAUCAGUGCCCCAUCAUCGCCCGCCAGAUCACAGUCAGCGGCCCGGCCUCUCUGAAUACCAAGCUGAGUGUGUCGCCCACCAUGUCUGCUCAAACGGCCACUCAGAUGGCAGUGUCCGCGUCCCAGGGCUGCCCCUUCGUCACCUCUCAGAUGGGUUUGGUCAAAGCCAGUCCUGAAGUUCAGGAGGAUGUCAAAGAAGGUUUGAUGACUUCUCUGUUGAAAGGUUUAAAAAUGUCAACCCUCACAACAUCAAUUCGAGACAAAACUGUCAGCCACCUCCUCACAGAUAACAUGGUUGGACCCAGCUACGACUACGACCGCUUCUUCGUCGAGAAGAUAGCUGAGAAAAAGCAGGACCACACGUACAGAGUUUUCAAGACGGUAAACAGGAGCGCUGAGGUCUUCCCCUUUGCAGACGAUUACUCCAUCUCUGGCCGAGAGGGAUCCAAGGUGUCUGUCUGGUGCAGCAACGACUAUCUGGGCAUGAGUCGCCACCCGAGGGUCAUCGGUGCAAUCAGAGAUGCUCUGGAAAGACAUGGUGCAGGUGCAGGUGGGACCAGGAACAUCUCAGGCACCAGUAACUAUCAUGUAUCUCUGGAGAAGGAGCUCGCCCAGUUGCACCAGAAAGAAGGAGCUCUGGUUUUCUCCUCCUGCUUUGUGGCAAAUGACUCCACCCUCUUCACUUUGGCUAAAAUGCUGCCUGGGUGUGAGAUCUAUUCAGAUUCAGGGAACCAUGCAUCGAUGAUUCAGGGCAUCAGGAACAGCAAAGCCAAGCGUUUCAUUUUCCGCCACAAUGACAGCCGACACCUGGAGGAACUGCUGCAGCGCUCGGACCCCGAGACUCCCAAAAUAGUGGCAUUUGAGACUGUGCACUCAAUGGACGGUGCCAUAUGUCCUCUGGAAGAGCUGUGUGAUGUAGCUCACCGUUACGGAGCGCUGACAUUUGUCGAUGAAGUUCAUGCCGUGGGCCUGUAUGGACACCAUGGAGCUGGAGUGGGAGAGAGGGACAAUGUAAUGCACAAGAUUGACAUUGUGUCUGGGACCUUGGGAAAGGCCUUUGGCUGUGUGGGAGGCUACAUUGCCAGCAGCGACGCCCUGGUGGACACAGUGCGCUCCUACGCAGCAGGCUUCAUCUUCACCACUGCCCUGCCGCCCAUGGUCUUGUCUGGAGCCCUGGAGUCUGUGCGGGUCCUAAAGAGCCCCGAGGGGCAGGCGCUCCGCAGAGCUCACCAGAGGAACGUCAAACACAUGAGGCAGCUUCUCAUGGACAAAGGCCUGCCUGUGGUCAACUGCCCCAGCCACAUCAUCCCCAUACGGGUGGGCAAUGCUGAGCUGAACACCAAGGUGUGUGACAAAAUGCUGGAGAGACACAACAUCUAUGUCCAGGCCAUCAACUACCCCACAGUGAAUCGCGGUGAGGAACUGCUGCGCCUGGCUCCGUCUCCUCAUCACAACCCCACCAUGAUGAAACACUUUGUGGAUUCGCUGGUGGAGGUGUGGCAGGAGGCGGGGCUCAUGCUCAACAUACCCGCCACGGCUUCCUGCAACUUCUGUGAACGUCCGCUGCAUUUUGACCUCAUGAGUGAAUGGGAAAAGUCUUACUUCGGCAACAUGGAGCCACAAUACAUCACUGUGUCUGCAUAACAAAGUACAAAUGAAUUUCUCUACACACGACACAGACAGUGUGUGUAUGAAUCCAAUGCUAUUGUUGACCUGUGACAUUUUAAAACUUUAUUCCAGGCGCUCCAAUGCACUAACUUCACAUUUGUGUUUAACUUCAGUGUCUUUCGUGUCCAUGGUACAGACUUAAUUCCAGAAUUGAUUGUUUAUGGAUUCAAAAUUGUUAUGAUUGAUAUUAUUUGGGAAAAUUGUGCCUCCUCUAGUUUGAAAUAAAACCUGCACACCUGGCA